GAGGCGGAGCCGGCUGUACUCCGCAGCCCUCCCGCGGGGGCUCGGGCAUCUCUGCGCGCCGGGCGGUGCGAGCGGCAGCCGCGCCGCGCCGGGCUCAGGGGGUGGCGGCGGCGGGAUGGAGGGCGCGUACCUCGCCUGGGAGCUGGCGCACGCCGCGCUGCUGCUGCUGAGCCUCUUCCCCGCAGGUGGUUCACUGCCCCAUGAAGAAGCUUCAUUGGUUGUUAAUAAAGGGGAGGAAUUAAGGUUGAGGUGCAACGAGAAUGGACCUGUGACUUGGAAUUUCCAGAACUCGGACCCAUCAGCAAAAGCAAGGAGUUCCAAUGAGAAAGAGUGGUACACCAAAAAUGCAACAGUCAGAGACACAGGGAGAUACACAUGCAAAAGCAAAGGGAGUAUCGUCAACUCUUUUUAUGUUUUUGUUAAAGAUCCAAAUGUGCUCUUCCUUGUUGAUUCUCUCAUCUAUGGGAAAGAAGACAGUGACAUCCUGCUGGUGUGCCCACUAACAGAUCCAGAUGUUUCAGAUUUCACGCUGAGAAAAUGCGAUGGCAGACGUCUCCCCAAAAAUAUGACGUUCAUUCCCAAUCCCCAGGAAGGCAUCAUUAUAAAGAACGUGCAGAGGUCGUUUAAGGGCUGCUACCAAUGCUUGGCCAAGCAGAAUGGAGUUGAGAAAAUAUCUGAGCACAUUUUUCUGAACGUGAGGCCAGUUCACAAAACUCUUCCUGUCAUUACCUUAUCCAAAAGCCAUGAGCUUCUCAAAGAAGGAGAAGAAUUUGAAGUUACUUGCAUAAUCACGGAUGUGGACAGCAGUGUACAAGCUAGCUGGAUUUCUCACAGAAGCGCGAUUGUUACAAGCAAAAGCAGAAAUUUGGGUGAUUAUGGAUACGAAAGGAAAUUAACAUUGAACAUCCGUUCAGUGGGAGUUAAUGAUUCUGGAGAAUUCACAUGCCAAGCAGAAAACCCGUUCGGAAAAACCAAUGCCACAGUAACCUUGAAAGCACUAGUUAAAGGAUUUGUCCGUUUGUUUGCAACAAUGAAUACCACGAUAGAUAUAAAUGCAGGACAAAAUGGAAAUUUAACAGUUGAAUAUGAGGCAUAUCCAAAACCGAAAGAAGAGCUCUGGAUGUACAUGAAUGAAACGUUACAGAAUUCAUCUGACCAUUAUGUCAAGUUCAAGACUGUGGGCAGUAACAGUUAUACAAGUGAACUUCACCUUACCCGAUUAAAAGGAACAGAAGGAGGCAUUUACACAUUUUUUGUGUCCAAUUCUGAUGCCAGCUCCUCUGUAACAUUUAAUGUCUAUGUGAAAACAAAACCUGAGAUUCUCACUUUGGAUAUGCUUAGCAAUGGUGUUCUCCAGUGCGUAGCAGCUGGAUUUCCAGCCCCAACCAUAUACUGGUAUUUUUGCCCAGGAACUGAGCAGAGAUGUUUUGAUUCACCAGCAAUAUCCCCCAUGAAUGUCAGUUACACAAAUUCGUCAGUGCCGUCAUUUGAACGAAUCCUGGUUGAAAGCAGCAUUAACGUCAGCAUGUUCAGGAGCACUGGCACUGUGUGUUGUGAGGCUUCUAGCAAUGGGGACAAGAGCUCUGCUUUUUUCAACUUUGCUAUUAAAGAACAAAUCCGUACCCAUACCCUUUUCACCCCUUUACUAAUUGCGUUUGGAGUUGCUGCAGGACUGAUGUGCAUCAUAGUCGUGAUUCUGGUGUACAUAUAUUUGCAGAAACCCAAAUAUGAAGUUCAGUGGAAAGUUGUUGAAGAAAUAAAUGGAAACAACUAUGUUUACAUAGACCCAACGCAACUUCCUUAUGAUCACAAAUGGGAAUUUCCUAGAAACCGAUUGAGUUUUGGUAAAACCCUUGGUGCUGGAGCUUUUGGAAAAGUUGUUGAAGCCACUGCUUAUGGUCUGUUUAAAUCUGACGCUGCUAUGACAGUAGCAGUAAAGAUGUUGAAAACAAGUGCCCAUUUAACAGAAAGAGAAGCUUUGAUGUCAGAGCUUAAAGUGCUGAGUUACCUUGGAAACCACAUUAAUAUUGUGAAUCUACUUGGAGCUUGCACUAUUGGAGGUCCCACUCUAGUCAUCACAGAAUAUUGCUGCUAUGGUGAUCUUUUAAAUUUUCUGAGACGGAAACGAGAUUCAUUUAUUUGUCCAAAACAUGAGGAACACGUAGAAACAGCAGUUUACGAGAACCUUUUGCAUCAGGCAGAGCCUGCAGCUGAUGUUGCCAAUGAGUACAUGGACAUGAAACCAGGAGUGUCAUACGCAGUCCCACCAAAACCUGAUAAAAAAAGACCAGUGAAGUCUGGAUCCUACACCGAUCAGGAUGUUACUCUUUCUGUGUCAGAAGAUGAUGAACUUGCUCUAGAUGUUGAAGAUUUGCUAAGCUUUUCUUACCAGGUGGCAAAGGGCAUGAGCUUCCUUGCCUCCAAAAAUUGCAUUCACAGGGAUCUGGCUGCAAGAAAUAUUCUUCUAACUCAUGGUCGAAUAACAAAAAUCUGUGACUUUGGCUUGGCAAGAGACAUAAGGAAUGACUCCAAUUAUGUGGUCAAGGGAAACGCCCGUCUUCCUGUGAAGUGGAUGGCACCUGAAAGUAUUUUCAAUUGUGUCUACACCUUUGAGAGUGAUGUCUGGUCUUAUGGGAUAUUGCUUUGGGAGCUCUUUUCUUUAGGAAGCAGCCCUUAUCCAGGGAUGCCUGUGGACUCCAAGUUCUAUAAAAUGAUCAAGGAGGGAUACAGGAUGUUCAGCCCUGAGUGUGCACCACCUGAAAUGUAUGACAUAAUGAAGAGUUGCUGGGACGCUGAUCCUUUACAGAGACCCACAUUCAAACAAAUCGUGCAGCUGAUAGAGCAGCAGCUUUCAGAUAAUGCCCCCCGGGUUUAUGCAAACUUCUCAACUCCACCUUCCAGUCAAGAAAACGCUCCAGAUCACUCAGUGAGGAUUAACUCGGUGGGUAGUAGUGCUUCAUCUACUCAGCCUCUCUUGGUACGCGAAGAUGUUUGAGUGGCAUCUGGAAGAGGAGGAGCCCAGGUGUAUUAGCUGUAUUGUGCAGGGGGUGAGAGAUGGACAACUUCAAUAAUUUCUCUUACUUUUACUCACUACUACCACUGUGUAGCUGAAAUGUUGUUGUAAUACUGUCCUUUACCACACACUGUUACACAUAAACUCAAUCUUCUGAGCACGGUUACACGCAUCAUUGCAAUGUUAACUGAAGCUGUAUAUAUUUUGCUAUAUUGUGUGUAUUUGCAGUAGAGAGCCAGAUCUGAAGAAGAAAAAAAAAAAAACAACCAACAAAAGAAAUCCUGAGCCAGGGUGUGGAAUAAGAUGACGGCAGAUCAAACCAAAUCUGCUGUGAUCCUUCUCUGGAUCUGCGCCUGGAAGGCCUACAGUCAUUUUCUAGUUAAUCUUGUUUUGCAAAUGUAAGAAAUAAACUAAUAUUAAGCUGA